AUGCGAGACUAUGACUCGAGCACUAUACCACAUCAUGUACUUCAAGAAAAAAACGGUAACUGGCACCAAUAUUGGAUCAGUUAUUUCAAAGAUACACGCACUGUUAAGUAUGGCCUUGGCGAAAUCCGUUCACUAUUCACAAUUUUUCAUAUAACAAUUGAUGAAAAAGAAGAUGGUGGAAUGAAAGACAUAUGUUAUCUUCAUGUUAAAGUGGGUAAUGAUGAUGACAUGUUGAAAAAACUUGGCGACUCACGAGAAAAUUUUCGAUUUUUCGUUGGUAAAGAGAUUGUUCAUGAUCCUGCUUUACUUGUCACGCAUGAUAGUAAUCUAAAACUUUUGGAUAAGGUCGAAUAUCGAAUAAUUGAGUCAUCACGCUUGCAGAAGCCUUGUCAAGAGUUGUACAAUGCUAUUCGCAAUUUUGAAUUGGACGACGCUGACUUUCCUAAUUUUUCCGAAGCUAUUGUACGCAGUGUUCAAUCGCCAGACGGUUGGUGUCGUAAAAAAUUAAUUCAGAAAGCAAAUCGAUUUGGUCGACCAAACUUCUCUGCAACGUAUCUUCGUAUAACAAUCGGCCAUCCCGAUGGGAAAGCACCAGGUCAUGCGUUUGUCGUUGAAGUAUGGCCACCUGGUCACUAUAGUCCAGUUCACAAUCAUAGCAAUGCUUAUGGAAUCAUCAAAGUACUUAGUGGUCGAAUCUUGGUCAAAAUCUAUCCUGAACUAGCGCUCAAUGUUCGACAACAUCCACCUAUUGAAACUAUUCUAGAAAAAGGUCAAGUGACAUGGAUGCUGCCUCGACUCAAUCAGACUCAUCAAGUGAGAAAUCCAGAUAUCUAUGGCAAUUCUAGUGUUACCAUUCAGUGUUAUCAAUAUGGUGAAGAAGAUGACGAACAUUACGAAUAUUUUGACUAUUUGAAUAACGAUGGACAAGCGAUUGGCCAUUUUGCUCCGACAUCUGACAUUGAUUUUGUGGAGUUCAAGGAAAAGAUGCGAGCUGAAUGGAACAAAGCACAAAAUCAUUGA